GCUAAACAAACAUGGCUGAGCUACAUUAUCACACUACGGACCUUUACAACACGUAGACACAACAAAAGAGCAACAUGUGUCGAUUGAUAAGAAACAAACCGCGUAUAGUAUGAUGUUGCGGAUGGAGAGGCGCUAUUUCGCGGACUUAGUUAUGUCAGUGUAGCUUUUUGUCACCGUGUUUACACGCCGCUAACUCUCCAGUUGGCUAAAGUAAGCUAGCAAGAUGGACCUUGGAACAAUGUUGUACAACAACUUAAAAGAUGUUACAUGGAGUACGACGUCCCUACCGCUAGAUCAGCUCGUCAGUGCGUACAAGUUGCCCCAAAUUGUCAAGCUGGACAACGGUCAGUUAGUCGAAGGGCUCAGAGACAAUGACUACCUCUUGAUUCAUUCCUGCCGUCAGUGGACGACCAUUACUGCCCAUAGUCUAGAAGAGGGACACUAUGUCAUUGGACCUAAAAUAGAGAUCCCAGUUCACUACGAAGGUCAGUUUAAGCUUCUGGAGCAGGACAGAGAUGUCAAGGAGCCAGUGCAGUACUUCAACAGUGUGGAGGAGGUGGCUAAAGCAUUCCCAGAGAGGGUGUACGUCAUGGAAGAAAUCACCUUCAAUGUUAAGAUGGCAUCGGGGGAAUGCAAUGAAGACACAGAAGUUUACAACAUCACACUAAGUACCGGUGACGAGCUGACGCUUAUGGGCCAGGCAGAGAUCCUCUAUGCCAAAAGUUCCAAGGAGAAGUCAAGAUUCAACACUAUUUUUAAGAAGAUUGGGAAACUGAACUCGAUCAGUAAGAUCGGCCGAAGUAAGAUGCCGUGUUUGAUUUGCAUGAACCACCGCACCAAUGAAAGCAUCAGCCUGCCCUUCCAGUGCAAAGGCCGGUUCAGCACCUGCAGCCCGCUGGAGCUCCAGAUGCAGGACGGAGAGCACACCAUUCGAAACAUCGUGGAGAAAACCCGCCUGCCGGUCAAUGUCACCGUACCCAGCAGUCCGCCCCGCAACCAGUAUGACCUCCACCUCAUCCGGGAAGGUCACCGCUACAAACUGGUCAACAUCCAGACCAAGACGGUGGUCGUGUGCUGCAUUCUGCGAAGCAACAAGAUCAUCCCCAUCCAUUUCCCCUUCCAUCUGGCCAUGCCCAGAUUCAUUGUCCCGGAGGAGCUGCUGCAGGGAGAGCUGUGGCUCGACACCAUGGUGCACCGCUGGUUUUCCUUCUGCCAGGAGCAGUUCGACAUCGACGAUUACUCCCGCGCCGUCCGGGACGUGCGGACCGACUGGAACGACGACGGAAAGAGCCCCAAGAAAAGCAGCGGGAACGGCAACUGCAGCGGGAGCAGCGGCAGCAGCAGCAACUCCAACGGCUGCCCCAAUCACACGCAGAUCCCCAGCUCCCUGACCUACGCCCGGGACGAACUCACCCAGUCCUUCCACCGGCUGUCCGUGUGCGUCUACGGCAGCAACCUGCACGGCAACAGCGAGGUCAACCUGCAGGGCUGCAUGACCUUCUGUGGGGACUGGGCACUCCUGCCUUCUGACAGCAAUCCCUCAGACUCUGGGGAGAGCGAACACUUCUUCCCCGACUUCCUGGACAGCACAAGCCAGCCGCCGUCACUGAACAAGCUGGACGUCCCGUACGAGGAGCUGUGGUUGGACCACCUGAGCGGUCAGAACCCAAAGCCGUCGUCGAGCGAGGCGAUCCGAGGCGUCAGCAACGGGAGCGCGACCACGGCCUCUCUGACGUACCCGGCCACCUGUCCGCUCGGCGCCAUGACGAGUUCAGAUGUGCCUCUGACUCCACCACCGGUCCCUCCCAAGUCUGAAGCUGUGAAAGAGGAAUGUCGACUUCUCAAUGCCCCUCCGAUCCCUCCUCGAAGUCUGAAGCAGAUGCCGUCGGUUCCCAUCCUGUCGAAGCCGCGGCAGCAAGACACUCGCUCUCCCAGUCCAACGCUCUCCUACUACUCCUCAGGGCUCCACAACAUUAGUGGAGCGUGCGAACAAGACGGAGCCGACCCACAAGAACAAAGCCACGCCUGCUACCCGUGUACCUGGGGGAAGUCGCACAGCGUGGAGCCCAAGGCCACGUCCCCCGUGGGCAGCCUGCCGUCGGAAGGCGUGUCCUCCAGGUUAUCGUGGCCAAAUAACUUCAGCGGAGGAGAGUCGCGCUGCGUGGAGGAGUUCCUGCCGUCCGGCUCUCGCAGUUACUACAGUUACCCGCGGAAGAGGUCGCCCACCACGCCCAAAAAAUGCACGUCCAGCCUGGUAGACUUCGACGGGCGGGAGUGUGGCCGCAGCGGCCGAGACUUCGGCCUCCAGAAGGCUUCCUUGAAUCAGUUCUGCACCAAAUCCUCCAGUUACAAUUCAGAAAUGUGCAGAGACGAGCCCAUCGAGAAAUCGAGCACCAAGCAGAGUCUGUCCUGCCCCAUCCUGCCACCCAGAACGCCAAAAUCAAACGCCCUGAAGACGUGCACGGACGUAGCGUCGGAGCCGGCCUGCGGCGCGGCGCAGGAGGCGUCGGAUUCCCCCCCCUCGCUGCCCGAGCAGGCCGCGCCGGAGAUCUUCACCGUCUGCGGCGCCCUGCCUCCCGACGCGCCGUGGCAGCCGCCGUCCAGCCUGACCGGCCUCUCCAUCGAGGAGGUGUCCCGGUCCCUGAAGUUCAUCGGCCUGCCCCACGACAUCGUCUCUCUCUUCGUGUCGGAGAAGAUCGACGGGAAUCUCCUCCUGCAGCUGACGGAGGAGAUCCUGUCCGAAGACUUCAAGCUGAGCAAACUGCAGGUGAAGAAACUCAUGCAAUUCAUCAACGGCUGGAGGCCCAAAAUAUAACACUAAAGAGGAAGUCAUGCCUUCAGUUUAUAUGCUAUGCACAUCAAGCCACACAGUUUCUUUGUUUUCUGAUAUGAACUGAUUUGCUUGUUACUACGUUGUGGAAAAAAGAAAAAAAAAAAACCCUUUGGGUGAUACUUCCCAGCCCGCGCAGAGCAACAGAACCAUUCGGCACUUUCAUGAAAAUAUUAACUACUUAGUACUUCUCCAGCCAAACCUGCUGGUGUUCCUGUCUUCACACAAACUCUAAGAGAACAAAUCUGAAGGCUAUUUUCACAGAAGUGUUAUUUUCAGAGCAGUGAUGGUACUUAAAGGAAAAUCUCACCAGAUAUUUAAAAGAGCACAAACAGGAAUCUAAUCUGGUUUUAGUAUUUACAGUAUAUUUCACUGAAUGAAGAGAACUUGGCUUUGGAAACAUUACGAUCUAAUGUCCUACUCUGCUUGUUAUUUUGAAAUGAACAGUUUUAAGUCACUGUUAUUAAAGGGAAAAGCGGCUGGUUUCCAGCAGGGGCUCACCGAAUCUCCCCGAAACCACCAGAGAAGAGAUGAAGCUGAGAUUCAGGCCAAGUAGCUGCUUCAGAAAGACACCAGAGGCUUUUCCUGAUCGGUACACAGAAUUCUCCACGAGCUGACGAGGAUUUAGAGAGCAGGGUUCACACACAUACAUACACACACACACACACACACGCAUUUGGUUCAAUGUGUGUCGAUGGAGUCCCUGGUGUCGUGGCAAGGCUGAAUGGAUUCUUUAAAACAUGUCCUUUGUUUCCAAGACAGCUAAAGAUCAUAGAAAUAAAUUGACCAAUAAAGCUCAUUUUCACAGGUUUUAACAGUAUCCAGCUUUUAAAGCUCCAGUCUGUCCUUCGUAGGUUAUGAUCUACCUACAUUCGUCGCACUAAUUCAGUUUAAUGCAGCGUUAAUAACAUACGAGAGAAAAAUCAAAUCAGAUUACAGUAAUAAAUAUGUUAUUGGUGGACUUGCAGAAGGAUGAAGCCCCUGAAUUGAAAAUGAGCUUUAUUUGCAGAUCAAAUUAAACAUUUCAUAUACAUUAAUGCUGUUAAUGUAAAAAGAUCAAAAUCCCGCAAAAUACUUUCUGAAAAUUUGUCUCGUAGAUCCAGUAAAGUAAAAUCAGUUUUCCUGGUUCAAGCAAAUGUAUGUGCACCUAUUUUUUGAUCAUUCUGGUUUUCAGAUCAUGAAAAGUUCCAUCUCUAAUCCAUUUGGGUUCUUUUGGAAAUCCUGUCAAACAGUAACUGACGUCAAACUCAGAGUUCUGUGGAGUCUUGAUGGUUUUCACAGGGAAGUAAAUCGGCAGCAGCGGCAUUAGAAAAGACUCGAAAAUCUGAUUUUUCGAGAGCGUCAGAAAUGAUUUCUGCCUUCUUUGAGGAACUAUGCGAAAAAAAAACACACAAAACCAAAUCAGAUUCUGCAAACUUCUUAUGCAAAGUCUCGUAUCUGACGCCUUUUUUCAAUCUGAACUCAAAUUCAGCUGAACGCGACUCAGUCGAGGAGCAACCAAAUUCUGCCUGUACUCUAAAGCUCAGAAAGGGAGGUGACGGACCAGGACGUUCUCCAUGAAACACAGAUUAUGCAUCUUGCACUUUGGUAGGUUUCAGACGAUUGCAGUAGAGGUCAUUUAAAGAGACGCUGGGCAGGAGUGUGUCCGGAGAGAGAAUGCACUACGUGUUGUAUCAGCAUUGCAAUGGUACUUGUCCCUUUACGGUGUGUGUCAUAACGUGUCGCUUACUGCAGGACACAAAUAACAGUUUUUCUACGCCUUAACCCAGAGACCUUAAGAUAUUUAAUGUUUCACUCGGACUCUGCUUCUUACUUGUUUUUUUUUUUGCCAGUGUCUCGCCAUCUGAACCAUAUUGAACUGUGGGAGUUGUGGUCGUUUUGUUUUGAUUUUUUUUUCCCCCUGAAAGACAUGUAAACUCAAACUGAAGCAUUUGUUUGUUUUGGCAGCGAUUACUUUUUCUACAUUCAGAGCUCGUGCAGCAGAUAAGUAGGAGGAAUCUUUCAAAUUGUGAUUCAGGGAUUGAAGUCGCGUCUUCUGGACUUGGAUGAAAAGCUGUACGAUUCUAAGAAGAACCGUUCUCUUGAAUUUCAGUGUGCUUUGGACUCUGGAACGGAUUCCGAGUGCCAAUAUUGAUCCUUGUGUCACAGUUUGGAAGCUUCAGCCCGAAUAUGCAGUUCUCUUCUGCACCAAGUAUCUUUAUUUAUGCAAAAAGCUGCGGUGGGUUCGGUCGUAUGAAGUCGCCUCAGCAGAAACAAACCUUUCCUACGGUUUAGUUUCCUUCCUGCAGUGGGUUGUUACAUAUUUUUCUUGAUUUUUUUUUCUUUUUUUUUAAUUUUAUAUGCAAGUGUUUUUUUUUUUUUAAGUGAUACUAAUGAGAUUAUUUUUUAUUGAGACGAAGCUUAUGUUCAAAUUUCUGUUUUUGUGUCCUCUGUCAGAUUGUGGGUUCUACUUGGGUUUUUAUCAAUCCGUGCAUUAAAAUAAGACUUGGUCAAGCCUCAGUCACACUACAUGGACAGUGACCAAAAGAUGAAGCUAAAAAAGAAAUGUGUUCAGGUAAUUCUUCAGGGUUUGGUUUUUUCACUUUUGACACGACCAUGUUUGUAUUUUUUGUUGAAACGGGGAGCGGUGUGUGUCCGUCGCAGCUGUUAAUGUCUUAUGCAACCCGCCUGGCACUCCAAAGAUCCCACCAGGAGUAUUAAAUGUACCAGAGCGGCCACAGUGUUAAUUUCUGGAAAAUCCAAAGGAAUUCUUCCAAAUCUUGUCGUUUUACUUGAAAAACAAAGGAAGAGAUGUGAGCUGUGAUCACACCCCCACCACGCCCCACUCACCCCCCACCGCCAAGCAAGAAAACACUAAAACCGACGCGAGAAGCAGUGAGACGAGCAGCGCAUCACAGAAAUCCUGAGUUCUGAACACUCAUCUUUGAAUUUAACUCUUGGUUCCCUUUCUAGAUUGUAUAAUCUAUUAAAAAUGGAUUAACUGGU